CGGAGGGCAAAGGUGGAAGGGCUACAACAGCACAGCGCUUACACAUCAGGGAAGGUGUGUGGCUGGGGUCUCUGGUGACUACCUCACCCCAAGUGUCAACCUUCUGUCGGGGCGGUAGACCCGUCCUUGCCCACUGGCCAUGGCACUCGCUCACUCCUUGCAGUCCAGUGAGGAAUCAGUGGAUGGUAGUCGGAUGGGAACCCUGGCUCAUUAGAUGCUCUGCAACACCUAAUGCACUAAAAUAAUACCACCUGGGAUGGGAUCAGCUAACUCAGCAAUCAAUUGGAAAGUCUUCAGUGUUUGGAUCGUCACUGACGAUGCAUACAGCACUGGGAGUUACAGAGUUCCUUGUGGUUGAAUUGUGCCUCUUCGUGGAAGAGAAAUCCAUCAACAACCCGCAUUUACGUAGAGCCAGAUGCUUUACCAUCAUAAACAAGAAGUCGAUGCUAUUUCAAGUAAACAAAUAAUGAGCAGGUGAAGCCAUUCCUGUUGACGACUUUCCUGUUGUGAAUGGUGAAAAUAAGGUUCUACUAUUACACCUAACACAUUGCAGGCAGCAGAGGUCACAGAAUGAGUGGACAGCGGGUUGAUGUGAAGGUGGUAAUGCUGGGAAAGGAGUUUGUAGGAAAAACUAGUCUGGUGGAGAGAUACGUUCACAAUCGUUUUCUCAAUGGCCCAUAUCAGAAUACAAUCGGGGCUGCAUUUGUAGCCAAGCUCAUCCAUGUUGGUGAAAAGGCAAUCACACUUGGCAUCUGGGACACUGCAGGGUCAGAACGGUACGAAGCCAUGAGCAGAAUCUACUAUCGGGGUGCCCGAGCAGCUGUUGUGUGCUUUGAUCUGACUGACAGUAGCAGCUACGCAAGGGCUAGAUUCUGGGUGAAUGAAGUCCAGAACUGUGAAGAGCAUUGCAAAAUCUACUUGUGCGGAACAAAGAGUGAUCUUGUACAGAAUGAUCGCAGUGCCCGGGGAGUCGAUUACCAUGAUGUUCAGGAUUACUCGGAUGAGAUCAAAGCCAAGCUGUUUGAAACCUCCAGUAAGACUGGUCAGAAUGUUGAUGAACUCUUUCAGAAAGUAGCAGAAGAUUACGUGAAUAUAACAGCUUUCCAGGUGACAACAGAAGAUGAAGCUGUGAACUUGGCUGAGAAGAAGAAAUCUCCCUAUUUGUUUAGCUGUUGUCACCAAUAGCACCAGAUUUGCCAAUAUUUGAAGGAGAAAUUCUUACAAAUUCCCUGGACUGAAUCUCCUUACUCAAACUGUUGGAAUACGCUCUCAAGAAUUUUGAGGCUGGAUCAAUGUAAUGUGACUAAUGGGCAAUGUGGUGUCUAAAUGACGUCUGUCCUUUGAACUGAAGUGACCUUUGUUGCUGGAAUACUACGUCCUUGAACAUGCUGUGGAAUCCUCCUCUGGAUAAUCUCUACAUACAGCUAACCGUAUGGCAUUUUGUAUUUUAGAAAGUUGCCAAGAUUUUGUGCGUAAAGUACUUUCUUUUUGCCUUAUUUUGUGAUAAUUUAAUUAUUUUUGUGUUAUCUAAUGAAAAUAGUGGCAGAUCUCAGGAGUAUUCAGCACACCAAGCAGGUGCCCUACACCUGUCUUGCUGCUUCACUGGCACCUAGGUUCCAAGACCUGUGUUUCCAUAUUAGGAUUUUUAAACACACUGCAUUAAAUCUUUUGUUUUGGAGACUAUUUUCAGCUAGUACUGUGACAGAAUUGACCAUAUUAGUAUUGGAUCUUGACACUGGCCGGUCAGCUGAGUGGGACAAGUUUGCACUGAGGGUUUAUUUUCGGUUUUUGCUGUUCUUCCUGUCGCCCGUGUUGUUUCUGUAUAUGUUCCAACAGAAGAGUGGCAAGUGUUUCCAAAUGCACUGGUGUUUGGAGUUUGGCCUCGCUGAUUGGAGAGAUUUAUAAAUUGCUGCCUCAAUAGUGUGACACUGACAAAAGCCCAGUCUCAGUGUAGCUUUGCUGCCUAUUUGGGGUGAAUGAAGAGAGAAAGGAGGGGUCGGCAGUAGUGGUGGGACCUGCCUGUGGGGAGGUGGUGCCUGCAGAAUAUGAGAUUCUAAGCUUAAAGGAUGCCAGUCCAAACAGCCUUGUAAUCUAAAAACAGUUUUCUGAGUGGUCUUUAUUACUUUUGAUGGUAAGACCUCUAUUAUGUAUGAUCCCCACCAUUUACAGGUAAUAGCCACAGUGCCACAGUCAACAUUUUAAGCAUUGUCAGUUCCCUUGAAUUUUGAUUAUUAGUUUUGGCAUGUACACAAUGGUUUUGAACAUUGCAGGAAGUAUUUCCCCAUCAUUCAGAAUAGCAUUAACCAUUAAGUAAUAAAAGGAAACACAGUAAUAUUAGCCUCAUUAAGAAGUUUGUUGUUGAAUACUAAUAACUUCUUGUGAUGCAGGAUACAUCUACGUGGACAGAAAACACUCUUCAUAUCAUGGUAUCUCAAGUGACAAAAGAUCUCUAAUGAUGGUUUGUUAUUUUACUGUAAUUUCUGAAGCCUUCAAGUACAAUUUGUUUUUAAAUCCUUCAUUUUCUCCUUCCUGCCCUCUUCCCCAUUUAUUGUUCUGCUGUUAGGAGCAUUUUCCAAUAGCUUUUCAUUUAGUGGAAGUUGCAGGACCAUCUGCCUAAACAAAAUUUGCAGUUCCCUCUAAUUUGAUAAAGCUUCCUGAUCUGAACACUUGAUGUGACCACGUUUCACUAUGAAAGUUCCUUGAACUUGAACUAAUACCGAAGGUGAGCUCAAUGUGGUGUACACUUUGAUAAUGGAAAAUAUAAACUAAAUAGUCAAAGAUAUUUCAUUACCCAGUAUUAUGUCCGCUAUAUUUAAGAGUCUUUAAAGAUGUGCAAAAAUAUUUGGAGUUUCAAAUACCUUGUUACUUGGAGCAUUAUUAAAGCUCUAUUUAUUGAACUGAGAUUGAAACUCCCAUUGGUGUCUUUUGUCAUUGUAGCUGGGAUCUUCUCCCGGUUUUGUUGAAUGACCAUGCAGUACUCAAGUUAGGAUGUAACUGUGAUUAAAGUUGUAUACAUACAACACUUCUAUUUUUGGAAAUGGCAAAGAUGCAAAGUGUUCUUUCACAGAGCUGGGAGAGAGAACUUAAGUUAAUGAGCACUGGUAUACUGGAAGCUUUGAGGUAGUGCACUGGAAAUAUAUUACCAGGUCUUUAAGACUAAUUCUCAGGCUGAGCAAAAAUUUGCUGAACGGUUGCAAAGUAUUUGUCCUUUUCUACAAGGGCAAGUAGCCAUUUUUGAAAGAGGUAAUGAAACAUUGCCUCAUUAUUGUGAGCAUAUUUAUUAAUCAAAAGGGAAAAGGUGGUGUGAUUGAAAUUCAACUUCAAAUACAGCAUGGCUGUUUAGGACAAUUCAUCUUUUUUCUAUACUUUCAAUUCACGUUAAGGGUGACUUAUGGCAAACAUGGAGGGCAAGGGCUGUCUGAAGGUUCUGGCACAGCACAACUGAGACAUUGCUUUCUGAUCAAAGACUUAUUUAUUCUGCAUGUGCAAAGGAUUGCAGUGCAUUGUGGAAAUCCAAUAAUUGGUGCUGUGAAGUCCAUGUAUUUUAUAAUGCAUUGGUCCUCUGAAUAAACCUUAAAACCUGUUAAUUCAGUUGUAAACAUUAUCAUUGGUAUUCAUUACUGACCAUUUUGUCACAAAUCAAUUGCUUUUAUUUUAAUGUAAGAAAAGAAUUAAAUGCACAAGGC